AAAAAACUUWAUUUAUUCGUUGACUUUGGACUAAAAAUGCCUUGUAAAACGAAUAUAUCAAGUGGUUUUAUAACUUAAACUUCUGCACUGGCCUUGUAAGCUAUUCAUUUUUGCAAUAGGUGGUAUUUUAUCGUGUUUUGCUGGGGAAAUAUGAAGGAACGYCGCGAGAGAAAAACUUGGUAAAACAUUUGGCACGUUGUGAACACUUUACAUUGCACGGUCUCUAUUAGACCUCAACUGCUCACUGGAAAUAAUCCUCUAGCUUAUCCUCAUUAAGGGCAAGUAUGGAGCAAGAGCAACAGGAGAAAGACUUGCCUAGAGUUACAGAAGAAGCGAUAUUAGACAGUCUGUUUUACGCUUGCGAUACGAAGGGAACCGGCUUUGUAGCUGUGUCGAAGCUGAUCGAGUAUYUGAGAUCGGCAAUCGCCUCGGAUACAGAUAAUAACAACGUUGAGUUUGUUGAUAACCUAGAUGAUCUGUCUUUGAUCCUUGAUCCUGAAGGACAAGAUGUCCAUAUCAACAUUUCCACUUAUCAAUCAGGGAUCAGUGAAUGGAUUGAAGAUAUACGAAARCGAAGUCUUGCUAGUGUAGAUGAUGAUUUCCUUUCAUCUAUGUCAAUUAAUUGCGCUUCCCCAUCAUCACCUUUACUACAGCCCUUUUCCGAUGAACGAUGCCACAUAACCAGUACACCCAAUAUGAGUUCUAACAGCGUAGAAGGUCUUGGUGGUGAAUCACCUUUGAAAAAUGACAGUGAGCGAGCUGCAGAAAUGACUUCAAUCAUAGAAACCCUUCAAUUGAAUAACAAAAGAUUAAUGGAGCAACAUGCUGUCAUACAAACACAGAUGGAGCAGACAGAAGAUAGUAAUACACAGCUCCAAACAGAAGUUAAAGACCUAAAGAAGCAAAUUCAAAGUUUUCAGUCAUUAUCGUCAAAAUGUAAAGAAUUAGAGGCUGAAAAUGCUGACCUUAGGCAAUCUGUUGCAGAGUCCAAGGAAAUCACCAGCAACUUCCAGAACGCAAAUGCAUUGAUGAUCAAAGAGAAACAGAAUUUAGAAACUUGUAUAGAACAGUUGCAGUCUAAAUUGGUUUCAACGCAAGUCCAUCUGGAAGCUUUGCAAGAUGAAAGACGAGCUUUGAGUGAAUCCCUCGCCAUUCAAAAGCAAGUGAAUAUGAGGCUCGAAGAAAUUCGCAAUGCAAAGGAGGACCUCGUUCAGGAAUCGUCGUCAAAAACUGAGUAUCUGUCUUCCGUUAUCCACGAGUUAUCUUUAGCUAAUGAGGAUUUGAAAACAGAGAAAAAUAAGCUUACUGAGGCUCUUUCUGAUCUUAAUGGGGAACUMUCCAGAUUAAGAAAACAAAAUUCACCGAGUCACCCUUCAAAUUCACAAAAGCCAAGUAAAACAAGUACUCCAAGCAGGAAGCUUUUCUCACUUAAACAAGAACUAGAAGAACAACUGGUAUCGGAUGCAAAAGAUCUACCUUCACCGCUGAUUGGUGCAAGCUUUCUCAACGACAGCCUGAAUAAUAGCAUUGCUUCAAACCAAUCUACUUUGGACUCAAUUUUGUCAUGUGACUCGAAUAAUUCUUCGCUUGAAAGCUACAGUAUUAUUGCGUCACAAGUGGCAAAUCAGUUCAAGGACAAGAAAGAAAGGGCAUUACGACAAAUUGAAGAGCUUGACAAAUUAGAGAAAACACCAGAAAUACAACAGAAACAAUUACAACUUAAAAAUCAGUUUGACAAGGACGUGGAACAGUUUGCUGAAAAGGUGAACAUCCUUAAYUUAAAGAAGAAAAAUGCCGAGAAAMGAUCUGCGAAACUAUUGGUCGCCAUGAAGAAGUUAAAAGAGGAGAGCAAACAAUUUCAAGACGAAMGGGAUAAGGCUUUUCAAAAACUUGGUAAUUUGUCAUUAAAUACCGAUCAGCUUGAUACAAGGGUGUCUGAUCUUCAAAAUGAGCUUGCCAAUGAGCGAAUGAGGUCAAAGGAUAUGGAGGAUAAGCUAAAAGCUUUAGAGCAGCAACUUAUUGUUGUCAACGGUGAUCUUUCAAGAGUGCGGAACGAUAAAGAUUCAAUAGAAGAAUCUCUAAAUACACAUAUAGAAACUAAAGAGUCAUUAGAAAAGCUUCUUGAUGAAAUCAGAAGGUCUCACACUGAACUUGACGUUCAGCAAGCACACCAAAUACUAAGAAUAAAGGAACUUGAGAACGAACUCGCAAGAGCAAUGUCUAAUUUAGCUAUCGAGAAACAGAGAGUGGCUGGACUAGAGGAGUCUCUCCAACUAUCGGUGAAUAAAAACAGUGCUGAUAUGCAAGAGAUAAUCGAUAUGAUUCCUGUUACUGACACACAUAUACCUAAUACAAGUAAAACGCCACCAAAGUCCUCGUCUCCACGAGUUACUGGUCACGCUGUCAGAUCAAGACUUCAAGAGUUUUUAAGCAAUGUUAGCAACAUAUCUGCAAUGAAGGAUUCAGUUCGYGCUCCACCGGAUGGCAAACCAAUUCUACAAACUGCCGCCACCAUGAUGGAAAAUAGACCGCAGCCACGUGUUCCGUCACCGCCCUUAUCACCRCCACCGAGUCCAGACCGAUCAUUACGAUCACCAUUGGUGAGGGAGACAAAGACKACGGGAUCACAAACUGAUCUUACYGGUAMGAUUCUUAAACUUGUUACAGGUUCAAAUCCUGAUGAGCCAAAGUUAAUUAGUCUAUGGAGAAGGAAGCUAUCACCAAGUUCACCUGAUGAAACCGCUCUUCUUGAUAUCAGCGGUAUCAACACUUCUUUAAACARCAGCCAUUUUGUAGAGGGAGUAGGGCUACAUGUCCGGCCUCCACCAAACGAAAAAGAAAUUGAGAAACAGUUCCGAACCUUGGUUCUUGCUUUUCAAACCGACCAACUGACGYUGAACAAACGACUUGAAAUUCAGACGAGAAGUAGAGAGAUUGCUGAGAGAAAUAUGGAUCGCGAACUGGAAAACCUAUCAACGCAAAUGAAGAAUCUCGAGGAAAAGUAUAUGAAAACGAAAGAACUGCAGCAAGCUGCAGCAAGUCUAAAGGCCCAAGUUGAAGUUUUACGUCGAUCAACGCAUCGGUUAGGGAUUGUAGCUCAACAACAUGGUAGCGUUCAACAGGAAUCGCGUAUGUGGUCUGGGAUCGAGGUGAUGAUCUGCCAUGCCGAAAAUUUGAACAGACAUCUCGAGAAAGUGAAACUAGAUCUUAAUGAAUACAGAAACAAGGAACAGCUGCACUCWGAAGACUCUGACAGUAUAGACUCCAGACCUCCACAGACCGCUAAUGGCCCGACAAGACUGGGUGUUUAUGAYGAGGAGUUUAAAGAAACAGAUCAGCGUGACAGCAACGAUAACACCAACAGUUUGGUCAACUUUGUCAUGGCAAUACACAAUACCUCACAAAGNGCCAAACAAGUUUUAACGAACUUUAGACGUCAAACUAUAGACAUGUCCUCUUUCUACUCAUCACGGGAUCGUUCUGAGGACUCUAGACAAGAAAGCGUGGAUGAAGCAUCCGAGGAGGAGAAUGGGGAGAGGGACUCGGACGCGUCAGGGACAUCUGGGAACGUCACAGAUGAGGACGAUGCUGAGUACGUGUCGAGACGUCAGGAAGAAGAAAGGGUCCGUAAACCAAGUAUAUGUCGUCGAGUCUGCAGUGUGUGUUUUCGUUUCGUUAUGUCUGUAAUUCUCCUCAUCGCGUUGUCUAUAGCAACCGUCAUCUUUCUAAACCAUAACACAAGCUAUAAACUCCAACGCGAUCACCUUCCUAAGGCUCUUCUUGAAAUACUGGACCCUAUUGCUACUCUCGUCCAUAAUCGUAGGCCUCCAUCUUAGAAAUGUUUGUAAUGUACUUUCUAGUACAUAUUGUGGUCACACAGGAAGCCCGAGUUAGAUGUAUAUAUUAUACACAGGGAUCCUGAAUGUAAACUGUACUGUAUUUGGGUUGACUUAGAAGGAUCUUAGAUCUUCACGAGUCUUCACACAAAGGUGACAGUUUUUGUAUUUAUAAAUCACAGGAAAUCCAACUGUAUUGAAGUAUUUAGAUCUGUUCUGGUCUUGUAUAUAUUGCGCGCAAAAUACUAAGUGCUGAUUGAUCAGCAGCCUCAUUAAAGCGGGCAGUUUUAAAUAACCGGUAUUUUAUUCGUACUAAGGAGGUCCGGUAUAGAAUGUACAGAGUAUAUUUAUCACUUAUCAGCGUUAAGAACAAACCUCUGUAGAGAGGGCAACAUUGUAUAUCCAACGUCAUUGCACUUUUUCUAUUUACUACUUUCAAAAUGGCCGACGCUCGGAAGCGACGCCAUUUUGAAAAAAAAGUGAAGCCGAGAGUGCCUGGGGACAAAGUUGUGAUAACUUGCAAAUCGUGGUACGUUGUGGUACCCACGAAAGCAGGUUACUUUAGGUUUUCAAAAACCAUUCAUAAACCAUUGCAAAACUUGGAAUAUUUUCAUAAAAUAUCUAUAAUUGACUUGAUGACCUUUGAGACUUUGAUAAAGAAUGCUUCUUGAGAAUUACCCAGAAGAAUUUGGUGUACGCUAAAUUUUAUAUUUACGAAUAUUUCGCAAUGUAUACCUCGUUAAAACGGGCAGCGUUAGAUCGACAUGUGCGAAAUAGCGAGGUUUUGGUACGGUUUUUUUUAGAACUGGACCGCGUUUAAGCGGGCAGCAGGAUUUAUUGUGUUGUCCAGUCUUAUUGAGGAUAUCAUCUCGAAACCUUAUAUAUUCUUUUCGUUAAAAUGUCAAUAAUGAUUGGGCGAAUAUUUUCACGACCUAAGCACGGAAACACAUUAAUAUAUUCACACAAAAUGGGUGAUAUUGCAAGCAUUAGUACAGUAUAAUAUUGCCUUUGAGUAUAAAAAUAAGGAUGUACUCUUGCUGUAAAGGUAUAAAUAGAGCUUUUAUAGUAUAAACGUGAUAUCCUAUAUUUUGGAAAGAUAUUUAAUUUAUCCAGCUUUUUGCUAAUUAGAACAAAAAUAAAAUGAUUCAGGAAAUGUUUAUGUAUGCAAACUGGGAAUGGGAACGUCUGAGAACUUUAUGCGCUUUGCAUGCUUUUUUUAGAUAAAACUAACCUGAAACUGUUUCAGUUUGUAUAACAAAAACAUCUCGAUAGUAUCUAUU